GAUUUUGUUGAGGUUCAUGGGAAUCGUUUUUGGAAGCCUUUUGUAGAGAAGCCUGUUGAUGGUGAUGACCACAGUAUAAUGAUAUAUUAUCCUAGUUCAGCAGGAGGAGGCAUGAAGGAAUUGUUCCGGAAGGUUGGUAAUCGGUCAAGUGAAUUUCGUCCAGAGGUUAGAAGAGUUAGACGUGAAGGCUCUUAUAUAUAUGAGGAAUUUAUGCCAACUGGAGGAACAGAUGUCAAGGUGUAUACAGUUGGCACCGAAUAUGCACAUGCAGAGGCAAGGAAGUCUCCUGUUGUUGAUGGUGUUGUUAUGAGAAAUCCUGAUGGCAAAGAAGUCAGGUAUCCUGUUCUACUUACUCCUACUGAGAAGCAAAUGGCAAGAGAAGUUUGUGUUGCGUUUAGUCAAGCAGUUUGUGGGUUUGAUCUCUUGCGUUGUGAGGGACGUUCAUAUGUCUGUGAUGUGAAUGGAUGGAGUUUCGUAAAGAACUCCCACAAGUACUAUGAUGAUGCUGCUUGUGUUUUGAGAAAGAUGUUUCUAGAUGCAAAAGCCCCCCAUCUUUCAUCAACAAUUCCACCAACUUUGCCAUGGAAGGUCAAGGAAUCAGUUCAACCUUCUGAGGGACUUACACGAGUAGGAAGUGGAAUUAUAGGCACAUUUGGGCUGUCCGACGAGCUGCGUUGUGUAAUUGCUAUUAUUCGGCAUGGUGAUAGAACUCCGAAACAGAAGGUGAAGUUGAAGGUUACUGAGGAAAAGCUGUUGAAUUUGAUGUUGAAAUAUAAUGGGGGGAGACCAAGAUCUGAGACGAAACUUAAAAGUGCGGUCCAGUUGCAAGAUUUGUUAGAUGCCACACGAAUUCUAGUGCCGCGUACUAGACCUGGUCGGGAAAGUGAUAGUGAAGCAGAAGACAUUGAGCAUGCUGAAAAACUUCGCCAAGUUAAAGCAGUUCUUGAGGAGGGGGGACAUUUCUCAGGCAUUUACCGGAAGGUCCAACUAAAGCCCCUUAAGUGGGUUAAAGUUACAAAAAGUAAUGGUGAAGGUGAAGAAGAGAAGCCUGUUGAAGCACUGAUGGUUCUUAAAUAUGGUGGUGUUCUCACACAUGCUGGCAGAAAGCAGGCUGAAGAACUGGGCAGAUAUUUUCGAAACAAUAUGUAUCCAGGUGAAGGUACUGGCCUGCUUCGCCUCCAUAGUACAUAUCGUCAUGAUCUUAAAAUUUACAGCUCAGAUGAGGGUCGUGUACAGAUGUCUGCAGCUGCAUUUGCCAAAGGCCUCCUUGACUUGGAAGGACCAUUGACACCAAUCUUGGUUUCCCUGGUUAGCAAGGACUCUUCUAUGUUGGAUGGACUUGACAAUGCUAGUAUUGAGAUGGAAGAAGCAAAGGCUAGGUUGAAUGAGAUAAUAAUUUCUGGAGCAAGGGCAAUUCAUAGCAAUGGAUUGUCUGAAAAACCUUGGAUGGUUGAUGGGGCUGGACUACCUGCAAAUGCUUCUGAUCUGCUGCCAAAUUUGGUGAAAUUGACAAAGAAGGUUACUGAACAAGUGAGACUACUUGCUAAGGACGAAGAUGAGCAACUUGCAGAGACGGGCUCGUAUAAUGUAAUUCCUCCAUAUGAUCAGGCAAAGGCACUUGGUAAGACGAAUAUAGAUGUUGAUCGUAUUGCUGCUGGACUACCUUGUGGUAGUGAAGGAUUCCUUCUGAUGUAUGCUCGCUGGAGAAAACUUGAGAGAGACUUGUAUAAUGAACGCAAAGAACGUUUUGAUGUAACACAAAUUCCAGAUAUUUAUGACUCUUGCAAGUAAGUAACCUACUAACCAUUCUGUUUAAUCCGGUUUGUGUGAAAUCAGUAUCAUAUCUGUAAGAAAGUCUUCC